AUGGGAGGAUGGGAUCAAGAAGAUAUGAGCCCUGGGGCGGUUGGGAUCGAGUAUGCAAUAAACGCAUGCGUCAAGUCAAGUUCUCCUCUAGAUUCCCGUGUCUCUCGAGACUUGACGGCCAAAAAAGCAAUCAGAUUUGUUCCAAAGUCCGUGGAGAGCCCACCACUACAUGUGUCGUUGACGAGCCAACGAUAUAAGCUUCAAGCAGCAAAAUGUCUUCGGCACAACUCCUUCACACAACCAUUUGGCACCAUCAGUGCAAUAGCAACGCAACCCGAAGCACAUCGCCUUCAUCCUUAUGGAGCGGUGAUUGCUCCAUCAUUCAUCGACAUUAGUUUGACCUUCAAUCCUGCAAAAAGUGGAAUCUCGCCCCCGCAACCCAACGCCGUAUCUCUUUCCGCUCGAUCCUACACUUGGCACCAGGUCUAUCCAUAUCAGAUAUUUCCCGACCUGCAUGAACGGCCCAGUCUUAAAGAGCCAAUUUGUGCAACAAUUUCAGUAGAUGUGGAAUAUUCGAAGAUAGCGUGGUUGGAGCAUCUAAGCCGCUCGCUUGAGGAUGAGAACGGUGAGAACGCCUCUCCGACUUUCUACAGCUCAACUCUGAGAUUGCCACUCUCUUUCUCGGCAACUACUAAGACUCUCCUACCGACAUUCUAUUCCUGCUUUGUAUCCAGGACGUAUGAUGUUCGCCUGCGUCUCACAUUUGGAAAGCAACAUGUUACGAUCGUCACUCCUCUCCAAAUUAUAGCUGAGGCUUGA